AAUCCCCUUCUCUCUCUCUCUCUCUCUCUCUCUCUCCCAAGUUUUCUUCAGAAGGUUGCUGCUCUCCAAUUGGUCCGUUCAGGGUCAUGUGACCGCAGGUGCGUUAUAUGGUGUUAAAUGGUGAUAAGAUCAUGAGGAGAUUUCAGCUCUAAGAGAAGAAACCGCUGUGUUCAGCAUGAGACAGAUCAUUCCAGUGAGCAGCUGAACAGUGAGGAGAAACAUCUGCAUUCAUUAACAACAUGAUCAACACAUAAAAACCCAGAACUGCUGAGGAUCAAAACCCUUCUACAUCCCCAGUCUUUUACUGACACACACACACACACACACACACACACACACACACACACACACACACACACACACACACACACAGAGUUUAGGUUCAAAGCUCCUGUACUGGUUCUACUAGGGGUUCUUCUGUAGAGUUCUCCUCAGAGGGAACUGCAGAACUCUCAGCGGUUCUUCUGGGUUUCCUGCAUGCAGUGUGUGGAGCUGAUCAUCUGCUGGUCUAAUACAUGAUGAUUAUGUAUAAAUCUGAUGACAGGAAGAAAAUAUAUUUAAAUGAUUUCAAGAAACAGACUGUGAUUCAAUCUGCAGGAGAAAAGCUCCUGGUUUUCCUGUUAACCCGGAAGUGAGCUGCAGUCAGCUGAUGCGCGGUGCAUUGUGGGAGUGGAGGACAUUGCUCACACUUGUUCGUGUCGGUGUUUUCAGGUUUUCUCCUUCUGUGUGCUAUCAUCUCAUUGUGUUAGGAUGUCGAGUCGAGGAGGGAAGAAGAAGUUGACGAAGACGUCACGCUCGGUGAGAGCAGGAGUGAUUUUCCCUGUGGGUCGAAUGCUGAGGUACAUCAAACACAACCUCCCCAAAUACCGCAUCGGGGUCGGAGCUCCUGUUUACCUCGCUGCAGUGCUGGAGUACCUCACAGCUGAAAUUCUGGAGUUAGCAGGUAAUGCAGCUCGUGACAAUAAGAAAGGUCGAGUGACUCCACGUCACAUCCUCCUGGCCAUCGCUAAUGAUGAGGAGCUCAAUCAGCUGCUGAAAGGUGUGACGAUUGCUGCAGGAGGAGUUUUACCAAACAUCCAACCCGAACUGCUUGCCAAGAAACGAGGCUCUAAAGGUAAAUUGGAGGUUGUGGCGUCGCCUCCACUGGCCAAGAACAAAAGCACCAAAAAACCACCAACCACCAAAAGAAACCCCAACAAGAAAUCAUCCAGAGUGAAGAGGCGUGGGGAUGGCAGCAAAGCGGUGAGUGCAGACAGCACCACAGACUCUCCUUCUGAUGGCUUCACAGUUCUCUCGUCUAGAAGCCUCUUCCUGGGACAGAAGCUGCAAGUCGUACAAGCUGAUAUUUCCUCCAUCAACAGUGACGCUGUCGUUCAUCCCACCAACUCCACCUUCCACACAGGUGGAGAAGUAGGGAGUGCGCUGGAGAAGAAAGGUGGAAAGGAGUUUUGUGAAGCAGUGUUGGAGCUGCGCAAGAAGAACGGCCCUCUGGAGGUGGCUGGAGCGGCGAUGACGUCAGGUUACGGCCUUCCAGCAAAGUUUGUGAUCCACUGUAACAGUCCCGGCUGGGGCUCAGACAAAUGCGAGGAGCUUCUGGACAAAACCGUGAAGAACUGCCUCGCUCUGGCUGACGAGAAGAAACUCAAAUCUGUGGCGUUUCCCUCCAUAGGCAGCGGCAGGAACGGUUUUCCGAAGCAGAUGGCCGCUCAGCUGAUACUGAAAGCCAUCAACAGCUACUUCGUGUCAACCAUGUCGUCCUCCAUCAAGAACGUCUACUUCGUACUGUUUGACAGCGAGAGCAUCGGCAUCUAUGUCCAGGAAAUGGCCAAACUCGACUCCAAAUAAAUCUGUCUUUAAUGCAUUGUGGGUUUAAUUCAAAGAUCUCCGUGUAAGAGUCCAAACAUGAUGGUCAUGCUGUGAGGUCAUGUGACCUCUGGACAGGAGUUUUUAUCUCCAAGCUGUAAAAUGUUCCAAAAAUCUCUAAACGUGUUUGGCUGCACCAUGUUUCACAUUAACGUGUGUGUGUGUGUGUGUGUGUGUGUGUGUGUGCAUGUUUGCACCUGUGUCUGUGUCUGCGUGUGUGUCUGUGUCUGCGCACAUGUCUGUGUGUGUCUGUCUGCGUGUGUGUCUGCGU